GCCAGCUGCGGUUCUCCUCGGAUCAUGCACGGAGCGGCACGGAUCUAGCUUGUAAGCAGCUUUGCGAGCCGGGACUCGGCUCUUGCAAGUCUCCGGGAGGGGCUAUAACCAGAGAGGGAGGGCGAUUUUUUUUUUUUUUCCUCUUUUCUUUUGCCUCUUUCCUCUUCGAGAACGUGGCAGAGGGAGCUUAUAGCGGGGCUGCGGGGGUUGGCAGCCCCCUGCCGCGGGGUGGCAAAGCCGGGGGAGGAGGGUGCUCUCUCACCGGUGCCGUCCGCGUCUCCCUGCGGGGCCGCCGGCGUCGGGCCGCGCUCCGGCCACAGCAGAGGAGAAGGCGGCGCGGGGUGGAGGGCGCUGAGAGCCGCGGGGGCUGCAGGGCGCACUGCUGUCCGCGUACCGUGGGCUGGAAGCCGUCUGCAUCCUGCCCCGGGCUGCAGCAGAGCCGGCUCCCUGAGGAAGCCGGAGCCGAAAGCCAAAUAAACAUGCGUUUUUACUUCUGUUUGUCGGGGGAGGAAGGGGUGAAGAUGUGAAAACUAUAUGAAACUUUGUGUUUAUAUGCAUACAUCACAGAGGUGAAAGAAUCUUCUAGCAGCAGAGAGAAGGGUUACAAUGUAGGGAAGCAGGGGUAGGCUUUCUGUUUUUAUUUUAGAUGGAGCAUCCUUGCUGAGCGCUCCUCUGUCUGCUGGUGAAUCUCAGGAUGAUACUUCCAUUUGUGGUAAAUGGAUAUAGUUAAGGAUUUCUAGGGCUAACUGAAGUAAGAACACUCUCUUGUCAGGAAAACUAACUUCUCAGCUGGUGAAGCUUUCAGCCCCAGUGGUCAUCACAUGAUGACACUUUGAGUGCUGUUAUGUGGUAGUGCCUGCGAUCCAGCAGUAAGAUCAGCACAGUUGGACUUCUCUGUAGCAGAGCUUUUACUUCUCAGCUGAGUUGAGGGUGGUUACUUGAGCGCUUACUAGGGAAGCAUGUCAAUCCAUUGUUAAGGUAGGAUUAGCUUCACUUUAUUUAGGUUUUUAUUUGGGGGUGUGAGAGGAGGUUGAGGGUUGAAGAGAGAGGGACUGGAGAGGAAUCAUCUUCAUCUUAAUAAAGUUACUUCGCCUUAGAAGGUUACAUUUUUGCCCUGAGUAUUUCAUAAUUUCCAUGAAAAUUCUAUUCAAAAUAGACUGGGUCUGAGAGCUUGCGGGCUUUAAGAUUUGGUCAUUGUAUGCAGGAAUGAGCACUGAUAUGCUUAGGGAUGGGAACUCCUUUGUAGAUAGGCAACUCAGAUUAAAUUAAUUACAAAGUUAUACAUUCCAGUUGGUUGUGAAGAUUGAUUAGGCACUAGUAAGUUGAAAAAAUUGAUGUGGUGUCUGAUAGUGACCUGUGAUGCAGUUAGAAGCUGCUAUGAAGGUCUACUAACGCUGUGUCAGGUGAUGAUAGAAGAGAGUGAGACUCUGGGUGGCUAAACAGGAGCAAUUCAGAAUCCAAAUGCGUGCUUCUCAGCUGAGAAGAGGAUUGUUUGAGGGAGUCAAGAAGCAUGCCUGUUUAAAGAAUCACUGCAGUGACAUCCAACAUGAAUGGCCCUUGGGGCACAGUUAGGCUUCCAGAAUGCCCUGAGUGAGUUGAGGAUGUGGUCAAGUCUAAAGCAGAAGCUUCUGUUAAUAGAAACUCACUGAAGUUUUCAUGUGGGGGAGGAAAAUUGUUGUGAGUUCUAAAUGAAUGUCAGGUGAGCCAUCAAAGCAGAAGCUUCACUAGCAAACCUUAUGACUGACAGUACAGGAAAACUCAGACUAAAGUGGGUUGAAUGUUAGGUGCUGUGAGUCUUAGAUGAGAUGCUUCCACUAUGCAGAAUCUACUAGGGCCUUCUGUGCUUCUGUCUGUAGACAGAAGACUGGAAGAACGACAAGUUUUACUGUACAAGUCCUGUAGCUUGUGAUACUCCUUCUCAUCUACUGUGCUCUUACUUCAAACAAAGCUAUUGGCUGAGAAUCAGCAGUUGUGCUCAACACUAUCACUUGGAAGGAUGGGCCAAAUGCCAAAAAUCUGGCAUCACUUUCCUCUUGUGAAGGUAGGUUAUCCAUUCUAACAUGUGCCUUCGCUGUGUUUCUAUCUACAUCUGCAGAACACAGCCUACUUUCUCAAUGAAAGAACAUGACUUGACAAAGUUCCUGCAUAACUCAAUUACUGGACAGAAUGGCCCAGUAGGUGCUACGGUUGCUUAGCACCUUUACUUCAUGAGUAGAUAGGAACAAAGCACUCUAACAUGUGAACAAUAUAUGCAAAAGGUACAAGAAGUGCUCUUGGAUUUGUGGGAAAACAGCUGUAUUUUGUGUCAGAAUGUGGGGAAACAAACAGCUGGUAUUCAGACAGGAUGUUUAAAAUAAAAACUGCUUGUGAUGUUAAGUAAAUAGAAGUGCAUAAUAUACUGUGAUUACUGAGUACUAUUGCCAGACCCACAGAUCUCUCUCUUGUUGAUGGUCUUCUCUCUUUAUGAACUUUACACUGCUAGUACACUUGUGUGACCUACCAGGUUAACCCAGUUCUUGGGAGUGCUAGUGAACUUCAUAUAACAAGUCUAGCACAAAGCAAGCACUUCCGAAGUAUGAAUCUUCUAGGACAAGAAGGGACACAUUCAACACCCGAGAGAGACAUCUUACUCUGGAAAUAGUACUGGUAAACUGAAUCCUGCUUGCAAUCCACUUUUGAUCAAAAGUGAUGAGAUAGCAUGAAAGUACCUCAUAAACUGCAAGGAUUUUUUGAGGAAAAACUUAGCUCUUGCAUGAAGAUUAAGGGAUUAGUAGUAGAAAUAAGACUCUUCCCCUGCCGUGUGGGGUGGACAGGGAAAUGUUAAGAGGUUUUAAGCUUCUUCUGUGUAACACAACCAAACAUAAGCCACUGCUCCCCUGCCUCAGCCUGGACUCUGUAGAAAAAAAUCAGAGUUGUUUGAAGGAUCAAAUAGAAUAAAGUGUCAAAGCAGUGUAACUUUCAAAACAAACUGACUUUAGGGACCCAGUUUUGAGGCUGUAUCUGGGUACAAGGGUCUUAGGGUUAUAAAGAAGCUGGAUAAAGUAUAGUGGAAGGCCUACUCAGUAAACAAGAUGUACCAGUUCAAACAGGAUUAAGCUGUUUAUAAAGCUGGGCAGCUGAGUACUGAACAAAGCAUCGUCUCCUGUCUAACUCUUGUUGGCCUGGGUUGAUGAGGGCAUAGAUCAUUCCAGCUUCACAUUUACUGGAAGGACGUGCCUUGCAUGUGCUAUGGAGUAUUUGAGAGUGAAGUGCCUCUGCUGAAAUGCCCUGCAGACCUUCACUCCCAACUAUAUCCAUGUGUAUUUUUUCCUAAAAGCUUCUAAGUUUCAUAGCUGGUGCAUGUUGCCUUAAAUCUCAAAGCUCAGACAUUCUGGGGCCAGUUAAGGGCAGACUUUUGGCCUUGGAGCUGAAUUUCCUGCUGUUUUGUCAGUUCAUAUUGCAUUCUUAGGCAAUAAGAUGAGAAGUAAAAUACCUUAUGAGGAUUAUGUCUUGAAGAGAACAACUAGGUUAGAUAGCCAGGUUAAUAGAUCUUUAACCUGUCAUUGAGAAGGCUUCACAACAGGGUACUUGAGGAUCGUGCUCUUUAGAAAAGUGUAUGGAAAGCUUAAUGCUGAUGCAUCUCAUAACCACAAGUCUCCUCCUACAAGGAGCCUGUGAUACCUCUCCUAUGUCUUAAAAUGCUUAGGAUUGAGACUACAAUCCAAGAAGGGUCAGGACAAGUAGGGAACAUACAGGUUGAAGUAUUAACACUACAUCCUUUGUCCAUCCUGCAGGUUAACUUCUGUGCUUACACUAAACAGGGUAAUUGGUUCUUUAAACAAGGGCACAAAUGUUGCUAUGAGGAAAAAAACUAGUUUUCUAGAAGCUUGAAUAGCAGAUCUGUCUAUAAACAGCUGCUAGCCUGGCUAACAGAAGAUAGACUCCAGAUCAGGAUGGGAGGCUUGCCCUUCAGCUCCUCUGGUGAGUGGGGGACACAUCUGUAAUCUGAUACCAAGACCCUCUUAGGGAUGGAAAGCUAAAUGGGAUCUGAGUGGGAUUACUGGAGUCUGGAUUUAGGAGUAAUGUAGUAAAGUUCCCUGCAGAAGGAAUGAGACUGCUGCAGGAGAGCUGGUCUUCAUAAAGUGCCAGCAGGAUCAUCAGUCUUCCAGUGACAGAUCAAGAACAUAAUUUGUGUCUGUUACAGGAAUCUUGUGACCAGUGACUACUGCUCUGAACUAUGCAACCAAAGGCUGGCAGAAUCUAGUGGCUACAUGGAAACCUCUUCAAAUAUUGAUGAUUUUUCCUUUUUUUUAAGGACAGGUUUCUGGCUGGUCAUGGAUGAUCAGUUGGGUUUGGAUCAGCACUGGAUCAGUCUGGAUAAGCAGACCACAAUACUUGACACUGUGGUAAUGACAAUAGGGUGCUGAGCUGGGUGAGCUCAAAACAGUGCAGGAAAAAUCCUGUUUCUCAUGAAGAUGUAUUUGUGAACAGGUAGAGAACACUCACAGUUCAGUGUAGGCAUGUAGAACAUAUGCAAUCUCUCUCAGUACAGCUUGCACACACCCAAACUGCAAAGAGGGAUAACUCUGCCAGCACUGGACAGUUAACAGCAUGCAGCUGAAAUAACCUAUGAUAACAACUUCAAUAUGUGUCAAGUUCCUGCUCUGAGGAAAGGGGUGAAAAGCACAGUUAUUGGCAAGAGUUUUUUGCUAUACAAACUAGAAGGAAGAUCAGAAACAGUUCUCCUAGGCAUGAGAGAGUUAGAAGCAUGGCUGUAAGUUCUUUAGUUCCAACUCCAGUUGGCAUCUGAGUAAACCCUAGCUGAGUUAAUUAAGCAACCUGGAAGCAAAGCAAUUGUUAAUACAUGCAGUGAGUCCCACCAAACAGUGCUGAAGGAAGACUGAGUGGUAGACACUGCAGAUGUACAGCCUGAGUUUUCUCAUUCUGUGGGUAGGCAUGUGAGGUUUUCCUGAGCAGUGUCUAAGAGCAGUGAACUCAAACUCAGGAGCCACUGUCUUUAGGAGCUUCAGCACUUGGAACCAGAUAUGUAGGAGCAGCCUCUGAAGUGUGAAAGGAUGUUGUCUUUCUGCAAGACUGGUGUGAAGAAAUUUCACUUGGAAACUUUGUUGUGAGGUCUACAGGAGUAAGCAAGUAACAUUCUUUAAGUACAUAUUUCUAGAAUAAGUCUAUGUUACCAGCUAAAUAGGUCUCUAACAAAAAAAAAACCAAAAACAUAUUGGGUUAUCUACCAGUUGCUUUCUAAGAGAAGGAUUUAGACUUAAGAAGCUGAAGUUGUACUAAAACUGAAAUGUUUUUUCAGUCUGCAGAAUUAACUAGGAGGAUGGUAUGUUGAACAUAGAUGUUGGAAAGGCCGCUAUGAAGAUUUGUUUACUUUAUUUCUAGAAUAAAUUGUAAAUUCAGGCAGAUAGGUAGGUAUCUGGAUGAUACUGUUAGACACCUAAAGUUUCUGGCUGAAGAAUAGUUGUCUGUCAGACUGACUGUGGCAGUGCUGGCUCCCCUUGUUUUGAGGUGAAGUCUUAGCAAAUCAAAUAACAAGUAUUGCCCUCUACUUACUUCUAAUGAAAGUGAGAUUUUCUUCAUAAGCUAUUGUUAACUUGUAUAUUACUAAGUUCUUAACCAGGUACAGCUUGUUUAAACUUGCUGUGACUUCUCAGAGACCUCUGUUCUAACACACUUGCAAUAGCUAUAUUGAUUCCCAUGAUAAGUGGAGGAAAAAUUCAAACUAUAACUACUGUAGUGGCUGGGCUGAGAAGCUACUAGUCAUCUCCUCAGCAGUGCUGUGCUUAGAACUGCAGCACUGUGACAAAAAGGAACAGUUGAACUGUAUUAGUUGUAUGCAGUGACCUGUUCAGUUCUAGCUUCAAAGUUGGUGAUGUUCAUUUGGCUGUAAUUCCAGUGACUCAAGUGUGCAGCAAACACUUUCAGGAAUGUAGUUUGAAUUUCUACAUUCUUGCUAAAAAGUCUUCAGUUUGGAGAAGGCUGAUGCACUGAUACAAUGAGAACAGACUGUUCUGUACUUGUGAUGAAAUAGCAGUUGGUAAAUAGACUGAAAUGGUGAGACGCCUGGGUGGUGAUUCACAGGCAUGGUCCCGUACCAGCUGUGGUACAUGCCAACAUCUGAAGCUGACACCACUCACUAGAGCAGCAAGAUCUGUCGUCUUUGCAGUGGAUACUUGGGGGAAUCAGCAUUGUGAAGAAGACAUGGUAUGAGUUGGAGAACAGUUCCCAGGCUGUCUAUGAACUCUUUCCUACCACUUAUCUUCAAGCAGAGCUCAAACAGAUAUUUCUCAAGCUGCGUUGUACAGAUCCUGAUACAACCUUCUAACCGGAAGAACCUGGCUGACUCUUCACAAUGCAGGGGAGGGGGAAACAUGCCUUGAGAAGAGUAGAUAUGUGGGAAAUCAAGAACAGUAUUUGAAUCAAGAGUUUCCUGGAUUGAGAUAGGCCUUGAGAGUGGCUGAGCACUUGCAGCUCCUCCUGUUCCUCCUGUGGAAGAUCUCAUAUUUGUGUGUAUUCCUGCCCAUUUUCUUCCAUCUCAGGUAAAAUAUUAUGCCUGCCUACUGAUUGUUACUUGGAUUUCAAACUACAGCAAGCAUAGUUGACAACUGUCUCAUCAUGUCUACGGAAGCUGAAACUACUUCUACUGUCAACAGCCAGCCAGAGCACCAGGCUCCACCUAAAGCACAAACUUCAAAGAAAGAAAAAAAGAAAGGGCCAGAAAAGACAGAUGAAUCUCUCCUGGCCAGAUUCAAAGGGGAUGGUGUAAGAUACAAAGCUAAAUUGAUUGGCAUUGAUGAUGUGCCAGAAGCAAGAGGAGACAAAAUGAGUCAGGAUUCAAUGAUGAAGUUGAAGGGAAUGGCAGUGGCAGCUCGUUCCCAGGGUCAACAUAAGCAGAGGAUCUGGGUGAACAUCUCCCUCUCUGGUAUCAAGAUCAUAGAUGAGAAAACUGGGGUCAUAGAGCAUGAGCACCCAGUAACCAAAAUCUCUUUCAUUGCUCGGGAUGUAACAGAUAAUCGUGCUUUUGGCUAUAUUUGUGGAGGAGAAGGCCAGCACCAGUUUUUUGCCAUAAAAACAGCACAGCAGGCUGAGCCUCUAGUUGUUGAUCUUAAGGACCUCUUCCAACUGAUAUAUAACAUGAAGAAGAAGGAAGAAGAAGAAGACAAGAAAAAGAGUGAAGAAGCAAAUAAGACUCAGAAUGGUAGUGAGGCCCUAGCUGCUGGUCAAGCUGACAAACUGAAACUGGGAGUUGACCAGAUGGACUUGUUUGGGGAUAUGUCAACACCUCCUGAUCUGAGCAGUCCCUCAGAAGCUAAAGAGAUUCUCUUAGUGGAUCUAAACUCAGAAAUUGAGACCAAACAGACUUUUACAAAAGAGGAUCUCUUCUUGAAUGGCAUCACACCUUCUCUUCCACAACCAAAGCCACGACCACCCUUCUUGCCAGAGAGUUCUUUCUCUACCAAUCUCAACUUCUUUCCCACACCUAAUCCAGACCCUUUCAGUGAUGAUCCUUUUGCACAGCCAGACCAAUCCGCACCACCUUCAUUUGAUUCUCUAAAAUCUGCUGAUCAGAAGAAGGAAAAUCUGAGUACCUUGACAUCGGUGGGUAAUGGUGCUUCAAAUGGUGAUGUUGACUACUUUGGUAAACAGUUUGACCAGAUAUCUAAUAGAGUUGGCAAACGAGAAGCACUAACAAGCCAGUGGCCAUUUGACAGUAAGCCACCCACAGCAAGAACUCCAAAUGGGGUACCAGAGAGAGAACAGAAUGGCUUUCUUAAAGUCCCAUCAAACCUCUUUGUGGAAGAUCCUUCCAAAGGAGUAAUUCUGCAAAAUGGAGUAAAGCUGGAUUCUGAAAGCAAUAUCCAGCUCUUGUCACAUGAAUCUAUAACAAUUAGCCCACCACCACAGAGUAACAAGCCAGGAAGAGGAAGGAGGUCUGUCAAGACUGCAUCAAAUGACUUGUUUAGCUCGGACUUUUUUGCACCAACUACAGAGAACGUUGGCUUAAACUCAUCCGUACAGACAGGACUGGUGCAAACUAAUCGACUGGACCUCUUCAAAACCAAUCCUACCACAGCCCCUCCAUUGGCUGGCCUAGGUGGUAUGCCAUCACCAUGGAGUACAGAGAUACCUGCCUUCACCCAGGCCACAUCUGUCUUUCCUGGGUCUAUGAUGCGUACCCAGUCUCCAGGAUUUACUCAACAACUUACCUUUGGCACUCAAGCAGUGCCAAGCUGGAGCCAGCCUGGAUCUUUUGGUCCAACAGUAUCUCAGUCCUCUGGUCUCUGGGCACAGCCAGCACAAGUUCCACCUGCUCCAUGGGUACAGCCAUCCAGUGCUGUAAAUCCCUUCCAGAGUAGUGUGUUUGCACCUUCAACGCUACCUGCUCAAACACAGUCUGUACUGCCCCCUGUGUCAACAACAAGCCCACCUCAGCCACCACCCAGAACUGCACCUCAAAAGGAGCUUUCCAAGAAAGAGAGUGAUGCUUUUAUUGCUCUGGAUCCGCUUGGUGAUAGAGAGAUGAAGGAUGUUAAGGAAAUGUUCAAAGAUUUCCAGCUGACAAAGCCACCUGCAGUACCAGCAAGGAGAGGAGAGCAGCAAAGUCUUUCAGAACCACUGAAGCCUGUUCCCAGACAAAGUGCACUACCAAUUGACGGCCUGUUUGAAAGUCAACCUAAACCAGACCUUUUCAGUGUCUCCUCUGAAUCUCAGAAACAACCUUCUUGCCCAUUUGGUGGUCAUUCUGGCAACCCUUUUGUGUAGACCAGUAUACUAGGCAUAACCAGGAAAGGACAAAUGGAACAACUGGACCUCUUUUCAACAACAAAUUUCUACUUAUUUCAUUUUUGUCUGCCACUCUUGUUGCCGUUCCAUGAUGUGUCAUCUAAAACACGUCCAGGUGGAUUGAAACACAAACACUGAAGAACAUGCUGUGAAGAUAGUAAUUCAGGGCAAAUGGAAACUUAGACUCAACUUGGAGACCCAAACUCAAAUUGGUGGAUGUUAAUUUUCCUUUAGGCUUUACAGUCACUUGUGGAAGAACUUAGCAACACUAAGUCAUGUGUUUUAUAAAAUGCAGUCAUCUCAAUUUCUCUUUAUUGUAGCACUUACUGUCCUGAAACAUGGGAAUUGAAUGUAUCUAGGGAAGAAAUGCUGCCUUAACAUAAGGGAAUUGAAUUAGUAGCUAGACUCCACACUUCAAACAACUAGGUCAGUUGUUGUAUGUUUACACAAUAUCAGCCAGUUGUAAAGUUAUGUGGAUAUUACAUGCUUCUAAUUGGUGAAUGAACAUGUGACUCAGUCUCUAAGCCAUAAAGAUUGUAUGGAACUGGGGGGUGGGGGGGCAACAUAUCCAAUACAGUUGUUCACUUAACUGAUGGUAAAAGUAGCAUCCUACCAUAAACAUAUAAUAAAGGGACUAACUGUAGGGUCUUCAACAGAGCUGCUGGGGUCCUGAGCAGUAGGGGUCUACUGUAGGGUCAAAUAAGCUGAAACACUUCUUGAAGGACACUGAGGUAGUCAUGGACACUAACUGUUGUAUUGGUGCUAAUAUAGCCAUUUCAGGGAGGGAAAUCUAUAAAGAUUACCCUUCUUUAUCAAGGUGGCUUGGCAGACAAAUGAAACAAGCAGAUAGGUCAGACAUGGUGUAGUAUGACACUAUUCCAUUGUGUUAGAAAGCAAAAAGACAAUCGUUGCUUCACUCUAUGCCUUGCUUCCUCGUGAACAGAUGUACCAUCUCUGUGCCACUAAUGUGAGGCAUAAUCUCUUAAACAGUGCCUUUUCCAAAAAAAACAAAAAAAAAAAAAAACAAAAAAAAACCUCUUUACUAACAGACCUUUAAAUCAGAAAUCAGUCAGAUGUUACAACUAGUUGUAACGCUUUGUCAAUGGGGAUAGCUGAUAUCUGAGUGGUUUUUUUUUUCUGUUAAUACUAAGUAUAAACUUGAAAUAGUAUUGUUAAAUCAAAUGCCUAAGCAGUUGCUGAACUGAAGAUCUAAGAAAAUCAACUUGAAGAAAGCCUUAGUACUCAAUUCAGCAGGUCAUGCAAUUAUAUAAACCUUUCUUGCACUUUCUGUAAUGCAAAAAAAGCUAUGAAUUUAAAUAUUUGUCUCAAACUGGAAAUGUAGAAACUUCUGGAUAUUACACUGCUAUAUAAAACUGUAGUAUCUCAAGUGAUGUUACCUAAUGACAUUAAAAAAAAGCAACUCUCAUAGCAAACAAA